CGCAAAGCAUUGUAGGUAGGUAAAGGUUUUGUUCGCGCUAGCCUGUAGCAAUGGCGACUUCUUUAGGAUCUAACACUUACAACAGGCAAAACUGGGAAGAUUCGGAUUUUCCCAUUCUCUGUCAAACAUGCUUGGGAGAAAACCCUUACAUCCGGAUGACCAAAGAGAAAUUUGGCAAGGAGUGCAAGAUCUGUGCACGUCCCUUCACGGUGUUCCGCUGGUGUCCUGGGGUCAGGAUGCGCUUUAAGAAGACAGAAGUGUGUCAGACCUGUAGUAAAAUGAAGAAUGUCUGUCAAACCUGCCUUCUUGAUCUGGAAUAUGGUUUGCCCAUUCAGGUUCGUGACACUGGGCUGUCCGUUAAAGAUGAAGUACCGAGAUCAGAUGUGAAUAAGGAGUAUUACACUCAGAAUAUGGAGAGAGAGAUCGCUAACUCUGAUGGAACCAGACCUGUGGGGCUGCUUGGGAAGGCACCGAGCAGCAGUGAUAUGCUGCUGAAACUAGCUCGUACCACUCCAUAUUACAAGAGGAACAGACCACAUAUCUGUUCCUUCUGGGUAAAGGGGGAGUGCAAAAGAGGGGAAGAGUGUCCAUACAGGCAUGAAAAGCCCACAGAUCCAGAUGACCCAUUGGCUGAUCAGAAUAUUAAGGAUCGUUUCUACGGCAUUAAUGAUCCUGUGGCUGAUAAACUCCUGAAGCGGGCCUCUACCAUGCCCAGAUUGGACACACCAGAGGACAAGUCCAUCACCACACUCUAUAUCGGAGGGCUGGGAGAAGAUGUAACAGACUCUGAGCUCAGGAAUCACUUCUAUCAGUUUGGAGAGAUUCGUACCAUCACCAUCGUUCAAAGGCAACAGUGUGCUUUCAUUCAGUUCGCCACACGGCAGGCCGCAGAGACGGCUGCAGAGAAGUCCUUUAAUAAACUCAUCAUUAAUGGACGCCGGCUUAAUGUUAAAUGGGGCAGGUCACAGGCGGCUCGAGGAAAAGAGAGAGAGAAGGAUGGGGUGACAGAGAGUGGAAUCAGGCUGGAGCCAGUGCCCGGCCUCCCUGGUGCUUUGCCCCCACCCCCUGUGUCUGAUGAAGAUGCCUCCACCAACUACUUCAACCUGGCUCCCACCAGCUCCCCUGCUGUUAUGAACCUUGGACUUCCUCCUCCACCUGGGGUUGCCAUGCCCCCACCACCUGGUUUUGGUCCUCCUAUGUUCCACACCAUGGAUCCAAUGGCCCCGCCAAUGCCCCCUCCAAUGGCGAUGAGGCCCCCAGGACAGGUCCACUACCCAUCCCAGGAUCCUCAGCGGAUGGGUGCCCAUGCAAGUCGCCACGGAGGCCCUUAGAUAAUUAUACAGCUACCUCACUGUUCAGCAAUGACUGCUGAAUAACUGAACCCAGAGUGAUGUCACCUCUGCCCUCAUUUUUAAGUGUUUAUAUCUGUCAAUCAUUUUCACAGCCAGUGAAUAAGAGUGUAGGAUGGAGUACAUAAUGAGAAAGGAAAACAUUGGAAAAAUACCAGCAUUUUUGAAUUUAAACCAUGACAGACUUUUUUUUUUUUUUUUAAGCAUUUGAUUUAUA